AUGUCGUAUAACCGUUCUUAUCAUGACGGUUAUGGACGAGAACGUACCUCUAAUAUGAGGCCCUCGUACAAUGAGUACAGUGAUUGGGAUGAUUUCUCUUGGGAGAAGGAAGAUCCACAUUCUAGACGCUAUGGCUCCAGACCUUCAAGUUACAUCUACAAUAACCCUAGACCAAAUGCGGACAGACCAAAUGGUUCUAUAAGAAACCACGUAAAUCGAACAGCUCGAGCACCUAGAAAUUCAACUCAAGGUCUCAAGUUUCAACCUAUCCCUGAAAAAUAUCAGAACAUAAGCUACAAUGUGGACAUGUUUCCAAGACAAUUGCAUCAUGUUGAUGAAUUCAGAAAGUUUACAAACUCGAUUGUAUCCACCCAAAGGAAUUUUCGAAUAGUAUAUGAUCCAGAAGUGAAGAAAGAUAAGAGGAAAGGAAACGCAAUAUUAAUUAAGAAGCAAGAAGAGUCAGAUCCUAAAGUAUUGAUCGAUCCUCGUAAAGAGCUAAGCAGUUACCCCCAUAUUCAGCGAUCUGACGGAACAAAAUCUGCCAAAAGAAUGUUCAGAAGCCUUUUACCAACAAAGCAUACAUAUGAUUCCGCAUCUGUGGGUCCACCUCCUACGAUAGAAAUCAUAAUCCAUGGACUAUCACCUUCCACUGCUCAAACGGUUCUAAAAAACAACUACAAAAGGUAUGGCCCGAUUGCGGAUUGUCGUGCGGUUGUUGAUCCUGUCACGGCUGUACCACUGGGGCUAUUUGUUUUGUCUUUUUCAGGAAAGAUUGACGAGGCCCACACAUCAUGUCUCAAGGCCCUGAAUGCUGCAAAAGACGGUGUUCGUGUCAAUGGGGGAGUUCCAAGGACAACGUUGUUUUCGGAGUCUCGUUUGAACGAAAUUAAACAUAAAAUAAUAAAACAGAACGAGAACAAGAGACAGGCAGAAGUUUCCGAACAACAACGAUUAGAACAAGAACGGAAACUGCAAGACCAACGUCGAUUACAGUAUGAAAAAGAGCAAGAAUUGAAAAGACAGCGGGGAUCCUUAAGAAUCAAGAAGCAAGAAGAAGACCAACAGCGAAUAAUUAGCAAACAAUUGUUAAACAAUACCGAACUUUCUAAUAUAUUUCACUCUGCUAUGAAAGAUGAAUCUCACAACCAAACCUUGUACACAAGAAACGGUAAUAAUGGCAGACAUCAUCGACUCUCGAAGGUAGUUGAUGAUGCCAUUAGAAAGCGACCGUAUCUUUUCAUCUCUGCCAAGUUUAUCCCUGUUAGGGAUGUACCUGCAAGAGAAAUAAUGAACCUAUUGAGAAAUUACCCUUGGAAACGUGUGCUGACAGAUGCUGAAGGCUUUUACGUCGUUUUUGAUAGUAUUAAAGAAGCGGAGAAAUGCUUGGAGAAUGAAGAUGGAAGGAAAUUUUAUCAACGACGACUGUACAUGGAUUUAGUGAUACACCCUGACUUCAUGGAGGACAAAACCGAACUUGGAGUAGAGCAAAGUAUUUCUGAUCAAUCAACCAGCAUAAUCAGUAGUGAACUAGAAAGAUACUUGAUAAAAGACAUUAAGGAUAAGAUAAUUGCUCCAACUAUCCUGGAGAUGUUGAGGGCCGAGAAUUUCUCGGUUGAAAUAGAAUCUGCACUGAAGAAGAAAAAAGAUCUGGAAGAAAAGGUGUCAGAACCUUAUACCACUGCCACAACGGUAUCACCUGUCACUGACAGUUUUACCUCUUUCAAGUUACCAACCUUACCAUCGUUUAGAAAGUCGAAUAUUUCCAAGAAAGAAUCAAGCUCAAGGAAAAAACAGAAAUUGGGAACGAGAAAAAGGUACCACGCAUUACCAAUGACUCAUGUACUGAACUUUGAUUCAGAAGGAGAGACUGACGAACAUGAUAGCGGCCCUGAAACUCCAAAUGGGGUACUAAUGUCUAUGGGACCAAAUAGAUUAUUAUCAGAGAGAAAACAGUCGUUUAUUUCGGAUUCUUCAACAUCAGAAGAUGAAUCAGAAGUUGAGCGGGACUCAGAAAUCACCACCCCGGAAAAGCAUCUUGGAGAAAAGAGUAAUGAACAAGAAUUGGCUUUAGAAACUUCCGACGACAAGGCCGAACUGAAAAACAACUGGAUCAUGUACGAUCCUAAAUACAGACCAACCACAUUUAUACGUCCAGUUGGUGAGCUAUAUGAUGCCAAAACCAUUGACAUACCAAGGUUGAAAAAACUCAUUGAGGAUGAUGAGGAUCUCAAGCUAGCCCAAAAAUUGUUCUCUGAUAUUAACCCUGACCAUAGUAUUCCUUGCGUUGCUUAUUGGAUCUGGAACAAUUUGCGAGCGUUUACAGAAUCGUCUAAUUUACCAAAUUCUCUUGGUCCUAUGUACAGUAAUCAGUCUGGCUCAUUCAAAAGUGAGGGAUAUACGAAGAUCCCAGAUACUGAGAAGUCUGAAUAUUUACCUCACCGUCGAAAGAUCCAUAAACCACUGAACACGGUAGAGAACGAUGACGAGGCAGCAAAUCCGAACCCAAAACUUCAGAGUUCCCGUGUUAACAGAGCUAACAACAGGCGCUUUGCUGCCGAUAUCAAUGCCCAAAAACAAAUGCUGAACAGUGAAACAGAUAUUCUUGACCUCAAUCAUUUGACCAAAAGAAAGAAACCGGUAUCUUUUGCCAGAUCUGCUAUCCAUAAUUGGGGCUUAUAUGCGCUGGAACCAAUUGCUGCAAAGGAAAUGAUCAUUGAAUACGUGGGCGAAAUACUGCGCCAGAAAGUCUCAGAGGUCAGGGAGAAGAAGUAUCUCAAAUCUGGUAUAGGUUCUAGUUACUUGUUUCGGGUCGAUGAAGAUACUGUCAUUGAUGCUACCAAAAAAGGGGGAAUUGCUCGAUUUAUCAAUCAUUGCUGUCAACCCAGUUGUACGGCAAAGAUUAUCAAAGUAGAAGGUAAGAAGAGGAUCGUCAUCUAUGCACUGAAGGAUAUUGCGGCCAACGAAGAACUCACCUACGAUUACAAGUUUGAAAGAGAAGAUAAUAAUGAGGAGAGGAUACCGUGCUUAUGUGGUGUCCCUGGAUGUAAGGGUUACUUAAACUAG